AGCCAGUGUGGGAGAUGUCAAGAACAGGUUAACUAUCAGCGUAGUCGAGUUUCAUCUCUCACUCUAGGUCCUCCUCGUGUCUUGGUCCUGACUGCUUAAUGAAAUUCUCUCAGUGCUGGAAACUGUGUCACUGUCAGAGUAAGAAGGGAACUGAGAGUCACUGUCAGGGUGGACACAACACCUCACCUGACACGGCCCCGAAUACCCUCAGAGGACCUGGUCAACCCUAAACGAGAUCUAACUUUACAGAUAGGUGUGUGCGGUUUACAGCUUGGCAAGAGCGAAUGACUGGCUAUCACCACCACUAACCAAGGCACUUGUGAACCUUUCAUGAACCUUCACUAAAUUAAGCACUGCUGACAGCUUCUCCCCAACCAGCCCCACGAACAAAGGCACUUACUACUGCUGAUCGUUCCUGAGAGAACUUUUUGGCGGUGUGUGUGAGAGGAAGAGACAGUGAAGACACGCAGACAGGUGAAGAUGGGUGAUCGGCCCUUGGUGGCGGCUGAAGUAUUCUUCAACCUGCCCAUCAUGAACACGGCAGGCACCAAGCCCAUUGCGGUCACCGGCCUUAUCAUCCCCGUCAUCAUCUUCCUCGACAAAAUUCUCGGGGACAAGACCCAAAUGACCGACUUCGGAGACUCUUCCUCUUAUAGCCAAGACUCCAACUAUUACUCUAAAUAUGACACCGCUGAUCCUGCCUAUUCCUUCGUCUCUGGCCAAGACUAUUACUCAAAUGACGCUGUCUAUUCUUCCUAUCCAAACAAGGGGCAACAUUACUCUUCAGAGGGCACUAAGUAUCCAAGUCCCUUCUACUCGACAGCCGGAGGAAGCCAACAGUUCCCUUACGCAGUAUCAUCAUCGCCCGUAGUACUGGGCAACGCCAGGAGCGUGGGGCUGGACCAGGCGUCACUGUACCAGCACCUGGAGGGAUCGCUAGCGAUCGUGGGGCUGGAGGGUCGAACCUGUCUCCUGAGACUGGUGUGUGACGCUCAGAGCCCAGCACUUCUUCGACUGAACCUCAUGGGGAGUCUUCUGGCCGCCAUCUUCACACCGCGGGAGGAGGCGGUGAUGGAGGAGUACAAAGAAGCGGCGCGGGUGGGUCGUGCACGAGAGAGCUGCGCCAAACACUACCCCUCCUGCCCCUUCUCCAUCUUCAAUAUCUUCAAUCCCAAAAGGAACUCCCAAACCUCCAAGCCUUCCCUGACCUCCAAGACCUCCAAGACCCCCACACCCUCCCAUGAUAAUUGAAAGGAUAAACCCGACUGACUCACUCUCUGAUUGACCGAUUCUUUCACUCACUCCCUGACUGUUUAAAUGACUGACUUAUUGAUAUUCUAUUCUACGACCAAAUGGGUAACUAGAGUGUCUGAUUCACUGGUAAUCUACAUACCUGUCUGUCUCUAAGUGGCUAAACAACAUGUAUUCUGUAUAUCCGUCUGUCUGUUUAUCUAUGUAUACUGGAUCUCAUAGACUGUAUUCUUUACAUAAUACUGAAGCCCUUAUUGUAUACUGAAGCCCUUAUUGUAUACUGAAGCCCUUAUUAUAUACUGAAGCCCUGACUGUAUACUGCAUAAAUUAUUGUGUACCGAAACCCUUAUUUUAUGAUUAAAUUAUUGUAUACUGAUGU